AUCAUCCCCAACCACUCCUCCAUUUCUGUCACUUCUGCACUCUCUCCGUCAUUGGUGCAUCCUCUUUCGAGCUGUAGGAGCAUACGCGCGAACGAGUUACCUGAUCUCGACGUGCUUCAUUACCUCCGCGCUUGGACAUGUCUACCACGACGGCUUCCUACUUCACCUCCCUGUUUUUUUGUAUGAAUCUCGCUAUGGGCGUCUUGUUGUGGCUAUGCAAGAUGACGACUCAGAUGUGCGCCGUGCUUGGGCCAAUUUUCGAGACGGACUUCUGCACGAAUGGAAAUUGUAUUCCGGCAUUUGCUCCGUGAUAUUGACCAUAAAUGGUGCCAUGUCACAAUUACCAGCCAUCAGCAACAGUUCAGCAGCAAACAGUCUGUGGAUGGUGUCCAUGGUCGACUGUCUAUUCUGCUUUGCCUUCGCGAUUACAUAUCGCACGAGGCUCCACAUUUUUACAACUGAUGUGGAUGCGAGGGGGUGGCUUCAGGACGCGAAACGCGUCUCACCGUCCAAGUGGCAAGGGCCUACUAUUCUACUCGCUGCGCCGGCGGCGUGGUGCUGUUGGGCCUGCAUCUCGUUCGUCGUCCUUGUCUUCAUACUCGUUUGGGACAACUCUACGGUCCAGAACGAUAACUUCAGCGCGGCAUCGUUCCGUGCUCCUUACUUCUCGGCUGCGUCCGCAAUAGUGGUGACUAUCGCGGUGGUAGCGGGGACUGUCCACUUGCUUGUCAAUGUUCCAGCCUUUUACAGGCUUGGGGAAAGCCUCAAUGGCGUCGAUCUCGAGAUCGCUCUUCCGCCUCAAGGCGAGAUGGAGUCCGAGAUGACUGCCGUGGGCAGUGAGGAAUCUCCCGUCACAGAGGGCGGAAGUGAAGAGGAAGUUGAGAUCAUUGCACGAAGUGGUUAG